AUGAUGACUUCGCGUAGUGUUGAUAUUUUCAUUCCGGAAUUCUUCACGUCUUUGGUUUGUGUCGAGAAUGAUACAACCAUUCUGGAAGGUUCCCCUUUAUGUUCAGAUUUCCUCCACCAAAUGGUAAAAACAUGCAUAAUCUGUGGAAGGCCUGUUCAUGCAGACGAAGUACGACGAUCAUCAAGUGCUCGACGUCAAAACAUCAUUCUAAUGGCAUCUCUUUCACUGGGUGGAGAAAUAGAACGAUCAAACGUUGAUGCACUAGUUGAUAACGCUUGUACGGAUAACAAAUUCUUUUGCCAUACACAUCUUGUGACAGCGGCACAGUAUAUAUCAGCUGAGAUGGCCAUGGCUGGAAGACGAUUUUCUCAUUUCGAAGAUCCUACAGCAUGGGCAAGUACUGCAUACGUCACGUUGGCAGAUAUACCUCCACAUCUUGUUGAAUCCUUCAAUGAAAUGAAAAACAACGAUAAUAUCGUUAUCACAGAAAGAGAUGUAUGCACGUUCCUAAAUAACGCCCUACGAAAGUACCACGGUACCCCAUUGUGGCCUGAGCGCAUUGAAGAUAGGUUAAAUUUUGACGAAGGUACCUCCGGAAUGAAUAGUUUGGGUGCUGCAGGGCUCAAGGAAGGAGCAACCCUUUUAGAUGUACUGCAGGCAAGUGCAAAGCAAUUUGACGGUGCACUUGAUGCAAGUGAUACAGUAUGUCAUCCUUCACCUUCGUUCCUCCAAGCAUCGCAUUCUGAGCAGAAGGAUCCAGUUACCAAAGGUCACUAUUAUCUAGUCAAGGGAGAAAAAUUGAUGCAACUUUUCCGAUUCUGUCCCGAAUGUGGUGAAAAGCUACGCAGCACGAAACUGACUGCUGCUGGAACAGCGGCCAUUGUGGAGUAUGUAUGCGGGAAUUGUUGCCAUUAUACAGAUGAACAAAGGCAUUGGGAAAGUCAAGAGCGAACUGUUCGUCAUUUGAAAGAACGUACAUUAAAAGGCAAUGUUGCUCUCUCGGUUGCGGCUUUGACUACUGGACUUCGUUAUGCUGAACUUGAGUUAUGGGCUAGACAAUUGAAGAUGUCGUUCUUGUCAAAAGCAGCUUUUUUGAAAAUGCUUGAAUGGACGAGACCGGCAGCGGAAGACGUAUACUGUAAUCAUUUGAGGAAGGUGGAGGUUUUAGCCUAUCCUCCAGUAGCGCUUACGACGGCCUGGGCUAUUCUUCACCUAAGGAUGAGAAGAUUCGAGAGAACCCGUGCUUUUAUCCAACGUUGA